GCAUUGGUACUACUACUACUACACUAGCCAGCUAGUUAUACAUUGCUACUCCAGUGUUGAGAUGAUCAUCCCAUCUACUCACAUCAUGCUGUCGGUGGUGGUCUUGCUGCUGCUAGCUGCAGCUCUGCCCAUGAGCUGCAGCAAUGACACUGACCUCACUGCUCUACUUGCUUUCAGAGCUCAGGUGUCUGAUCCUCUCGGCAUCCUUCGUGUUAACUGGACAACCGGCACAUCCUUCUGCAGCUGGAUCGGCGUCUCCUGCAGCCACCAUCGUCGGCGACGGCGCGCCGUCGCUGCCUUGGAGCUCCCCAACAUUCCUCUACAUGGCAUGGUUACCCCUCAUCUUGGUAAUCUCUCCUUCCUGUCUUUCAUCAAUCUCACCAACACGGGGCUAGAAGGCCCCAUCCCAGAUGAUCUUGGAAGGUUAACUCGUCUCAGGGUUCUUGAUCUCAGUAGAAACAGAUUGUCAGGCAGUGUACCAUCAUCCAUAGGAAAUUUGACCAGAAUCCAAGUUCUUGUUCUAAGCUACAACAACCUGUCAGGGCACAUCUUAACAGAGCUAGGAAACCUGCAUGACAUUAGGUACAUGAGUUUCAUCAAGAAUGACUUGAGUGGGAACAUACCUGAAAACAUAUUCAACAACACACCUCUGUUAACCUACAUAAACUUUGGGAACAAUAGCUUGUCAGGAUCCAUACCAGAUGGAAUCGGUUCAUCAUUGCCCAAUCUUGAAUACCUAUGCUUGCAUGUGAAUCAGCUCGAGGGGCCAGUGCCUCCCUCCAUAUUCAACAAGUCUAGACUGCAAGAGCUGUUCCUAUGGGGAAACUACAAGCUCACUGGACCUAUACCUGACAAUGGAAGCUUCAGUCUUCCCAUGUUGAGAUGGAUCGAUCUCCAUUGGAACAGUUUCAGAGGCCAGAUUCCUACUGGAUUGGCAGCAUGUCGACAUCUCGAGAGAAUUAAUCUGAUCCACAAUUCAUUCACAGAUGUUUUGCCAACAUGGUUAGCUAAGCUACCAAAGCUAAUUGUCAUCGCCUUGGGCAACAACAACAUUUUCGGACCAAUCCCAAACGUGCUUGGUAAUCUCACUGGGCUUCUUCAUCUAGAGCUUGCAUUCUGUAAUCUAACUGGUGUAAUUCCACCAGGAUUGGUACACAUGAGAAAACUUUCAAGAUUGCAUCUCUCACACAAUCAACUAACUGGCCCAUUUCCUGCUUUUGUUGGUAACCUAACUGAACUAUCUUUUCUGGUUGUGAAAUCCAACUCAUUGACAGGAUCUGUACCAGCCACAUUUGGGAAUAGCAAAGCCCUGAACAUAGUGAGCAUCGGAUGGAACUUGCUUCAUGGUGGGCUUGAUUUCUUGCCAACUCUUUCCAAUUGCAGACAACUCCAAACUCUCGACAUAUCGAAUAGUUUCUUUACUGGUAAUCUCCCUGACUAUAUGGGCAACUUCUCUAAUCAGUUGGUAAUUUUUUUUGCAUUUGGCAACCAGUUAACUGGUGGCAUCCCUGCAUCUCUGUCAAAUCUAAGUGCUCUCAACUUAUUGGAUCUUUCAAACAACCAAAUGAGCAAUAUAAUUCCAGAAUCCAUCAUGAUGUUGAAAAACCUUCGGAUGCUUGACUUCUCCGGCAAUAGCUUGUCUGGUCCCAUACCAACAGAAAUCUCUGCUCUGAACAGCUUAGAACGAUUGCUUCUUCACGACAAUAAAUUAUCCGGUGUUUUACCACUUGGCCUUGGUAAUCUCACUAACCUGCAAUACAUUUCGCUGUCCAAUAACCAGUUCUUUUCAGUUAUACCACCAAGCAUUUUCCACCUUAACUAUCUUCUUGUAAUCAAUAUGUCUCACAAUUCCUUGACUGGUUUAUUACCAUUACCAGAUGAUAUUAGCAGCUUGACACAAAUUAACCAGAUUGAUCUAUCUGCUAACCAUUUGUUCGGUAGCCUUCCGGCUUCACUCGGGAAGCUUCAAAUGCUAACCUACUUGAAUUUGUCAUAUAACAUGUUUGAUGACUCAAUUCCAGACUCUUUCAGGAAACUAUCAAAUAUAGCCAUACUGGACCUGUCCUCCAACAAUUUAUCUGGUAGAAUUCCCAGCUACUUUGCCAAUUUGACCUACCUCACAAACGUUAAUUUCUCCUUCAAUAAUCUACAAGGUCAGGUACCAGAAGGAGGUGUGUUCUUGAACAUUACUAUGCAGUCUUUAAUGGGUAAUCCUGGGCUGUGUGGUGCCUCUCGUUUAGGACUUUCACCAUGCCUGGGAAAUUCUCACUCAGCUCAUGCACACAUCCUAAAGUUUGUAUUCCCUGCAAUUGUGGCAGUAGGACUUGUAGUUGCAACUUGCUUGUACCUACUGAGCAGAAAGAAAAAUGCAAAGCAGAGGGAGGUAAUAAUGGAUUCUGCAAUGAUGGUUGAUGCUGUCAGCCACAAGAUAAUCUCCUACUAUGAUAUUGUCCGUGCAACUGAUAAUUUCAGUGAGCAGAAUUUGUUGGGAUCAGGAAGCUUUGGCAAGGUUUACAAGGGCCAGCUGAGUGACAAUUUGGUUGUCGCAAUAAAAGUCCUUAACAUGCAGCUAGAAGAAGCUACGAGGAGUUUUGAUUCCGAAUGCCGAGUACUGCGCAUGGCUCGGCACCGCAACUUGAUGAGAAUUCUCAACACCUGUUCCAAUCUGGACUUCAGAGCAUUGUUGCUUGAGUUCAUGCCUAAUGGGAGCUUACAGAAACACCUACACUCGGAAGGGAUGCCGCGCCUUGGGUUCCUCAAGAGAUUGGACACUAUGCUGGAUGUGUCUAUGGCAAUGGAUUACUUACACAACCAGCACUAUGAGGUUGUGCUGCAUUGUGACUUGAAACCUAGCAACGUGCUAUUUGAUGAUGAGAUGACAGCACAUGUUGCCGAUUUCGGCAUUGCGAAACUGUUGCUAGGUGAUGAGAGCUCCAUGGUUUCAGUAAGCAUGCUUGGAACAAUUGGGUACAUGGCACAUGAGUAUUGUUCCAUGGCUAAAGCCUCGAGGAAGAGCGAUGUGUUCAGCUACGGGAUCAUGCUACUGGAAGUUUUCACUGGGAAGAUGCCGACAGAUCCCAUGUUUGCUGGAGAGCUGAGCCUCAGGGAGUGGGUUCAUCAAGCAUUUCCACUGAGGCUUACUGAUGUUGUGGACAGCAAUCUUCUGCAGGACUGUGACAAAGAUUGUGGUACUAACCACAAUGAUAAUGCACAUGAAGAUGCUGCUUCUAGCAGGCUGAUCACUGACCUUCUUGUACCAAUAUUUGAGGUGGGCCUAAUGUGUUGCAGCCAUGCACCUGAUGAAAGGCCAACUAUGAAGGAUGUUGUUGUGAAGUUGGAGAGGAUAAAAAGGGACUAUGCUGAUUCUACAGGGAGCCAGAGGACUGAAUAAUAUCUGUACACCUUCCGUUCCAAAAAGAAUCAAAUCCUGACUAUAAAUCUACAUAAGUGUUUGUUUAGAUUCAUAACUAGGAUUUGAUUUAUUUUUUUUAGGACGAAGGGAGUACUAGUUUGAGAGUUGUAAUAUAUAUGCAGAUUGGGGAGAAGAUAUUAAAGUAUUCAGCUUGAAGUGUUCUCUUUA